AUACAAAUUAUCUAUUCCUAUAGUUCUCUGAAAUCAUGUCAAUGAAUAUAUCAAAUUUCAUUCCUUGGAUGAUUUUUGGUCUUGCAUUGACAUUGGGAACUAUUGCUCCUCUAGCUGAGGCUCGAGCUUUCUUUGUAUUUGGUGAUUCACUAGUUGAUAGUGGCAACAACAAUUACCUAGCAACAACCGCCCGUGCUGAUGCACCACCUUAUGGAAUUGAUUAUCCUACUCGUCGACCUACCGGCCGUUUCUCUAAUGGCCUCAAUAUCCCUGACAUUAUCAGUCAGCAAAUUGGUCAAUCAGAAUCCCCAUUGCCAUACUUGAGCCCGGAGCUCACCGGAAGAAGGCUCCUUGUUGGUGCCAAUUUUGCUUCAGCAGGAAUAGGAAUUCUUAAUGACACCGGAAUCCAAUUUGUAAACAUAAUUAGAAUGUUCAGACAAUUGGAUUACUUCGAGCAAUACCAGCAUCGAGUGAGUGCUAUUAUUGGAGCUCAAGAAACUCGUAGACUUGUGAACAGAUCUCUUGUACUUAUCACAGUUGGUGGCAACGAUUUUGUGAAUAACUACUACUUGGUUCCCUUCUCUGCACGAUCUCGCCAGUUCUCUUUACCAGAUUAUGUCAAGUAUCUCAUCUCAGAGUACAAAAAAUUACUACUGAGGCUAUACAAUUUGGGAUCCCGUAGAAUUCUCGUAACCGGUACCGGACCACUGGGUUGUGUUCCGGCAGAACUGGCCCAGCGAGGAACCAAUGGCGUAUGCUCCGCCGAGCUGCAAAGAGCUGCAGCCUUGUACAAUCCACAACUCGUUCAAAUGCUGAAAGAACUAAACGGAAAGAUCGGAAAAACCGUGUUUAUUGGAGCAAAUACUCAACAAAUGCACAUGGAUUUCGUCGGUAACCCUCAAGAGUAUGGAUUUACAACGUCAAAGAUUGCUUGCUGUGGACAAGGACCAUACAACGGGCUUGGUCUAUGCACAGGAUUGUCAAAUUUAUGCCCCAAUCGAGAUCUCUAUGCAUUUUGGGAUCCAUUCCAUCCAUCUGAAAAGGCAAACAGAAUAAUAGUUCAAAAUAUUAUGAGUGGCUCCACCAGCUACAUGACUCCCAUGAAUCUCAGCACCGCCAUGGCCUUGGAUUAAUUAAUAUAUGUCGAGAUCAUGGUUGUCAAAUCGCGUAUCGUAUCAUGUAUCAGAAAUCUAA